AUGUCUGUCUGUUUGUCUGCCAGUGUGUCUGUCCCAGCUUCUUGGAAUCUAUCUACCUAUCUGCCAGUCUAUGUUUCUCAAAGUAUUUUCAAAUCUAUCUAUCUAUCUAUCUAUCUAUCUAUCUAUCUAUCUAUCUAUCUAUCUAUCUAUCUCAGUCUGUUCAAAUCUAUCUAUCUCAAGCUGUUCAAAUCUAUCUAUCUAUCUAUCUAUCUAUCUAUCUCAGUCUGUUCAAAUCUAUCUCAAUCUGUUAAAAUCUAUCUAUCUCAGUUUAUUCAAAUCUAUCUAUAUAUCUGUCUUUCUAUCUAUGUCGCUUCAAAUCUAUCUAUCUAUCUAUCUAUCUAUCUAUCUAUCUAUCUAUCUAUCUAUCUCAGUCUGUUCCUUAUCUAUCUAUCUAUCUAUCUAUCUCAGUCUGUUCAAAUCUAUCUAUCUCACUCUGUUCAAAUCUAUCUAUCUAUCUAUCUAUCUAUCUAUCUCAGUCUGUUAAAAUCUAUCUAUCUCAGUCUAUUCAAAUCUAUCUAUAUAUCUGUCUUUCUAUUUAUGUCGCUUCAAAUCUAUCUAUCUAUCUAUCUAUCUAUCUAUCUAUCUAUCUAUCUAUCUAUCGUCGUCGUCUCGUCUAUAAUUAGUCGGAGACAAAGUAAUUAUCUCAUCUAA